UAUUUGAAUAUAUUCUUUGGAGAAAUGUUUUCUGAAAUACUUUGCUGAAACAUUUGUUUGAGAACUACAAGUCAGUGUCUAUUAGUCUUUUCUCUUGGGUUCAGGUUACUCUUCAGAUAGAAAUUCAGUACAGCUGGAAGGUAGGAUGGAAAAUAUGUAACACUGAUACACCUUAAGCACUUUAAGGUCUCUUGGUUUAGGGAAGGUGGUAGUAGUCAAUAUUUAGGAUUUUUACCCUCUUCUCAUUAAGGCCCAGGCCUGUUCUCAGUUGUGGUGAUGUCACUCAGUCCGGCCUUUUCUAUUUAACCUCUACAGAUACUACACCUCUCAUUUUAUGCCAUUAUGAGAAAAGGGAAGAUACCUUGAUUCAGUAACUGACAAAGGAAUUCUCACAUAUUGCUUAUUGACUUAGAUAUUGUCUUAGAUAUUGCUUAUUCUCAUUGCUGAGUCAUACUGCUGAGACAACUUAAGGGAUGAAAAGCUUAUUGAAACAGUUUGUAGAGUUCAGGCUGGCUUUGCAGCAGGAUAGCAUGGCAAAAAUGCAUGACAGAGAAGAAAAAGCUCAUGCCAUGAGGGCAGGAAGCCGAGAGAGAUAUCAAGGGAGGAGAAGAGAUACACCCUUCCAGGCAAUGGCCUAGCUGAUUUUAAAUCUGUGCUAUUAUAUAAAUGAGCUUUAAGGAGUCAACCAAGAUAAACUUGUGUCCCCAGUUUUCUUAAAUUCUCAUGUCCCUGAGAAGAACAAUGUAGCUGGCUAUAAAAUUCUUCCUUUAGUCAACUUCCUUUUCCUCAAAGAUUGGUUGACAUCAAACUUUACAUUAGCCCUUUUAUCGUAGUUUACUCACAGAUCUAAAUUUGACUCAACUUUAAAAUUAGGUAAUAUUCUUCAGAACUCGUGAUUGCAAUGUGUCAUGAAUUUUUCCUAUUUGCUAUAGUGUCAUCUUAGUACAAGAACAAUAUUGGCUAAGGGAAAAUUACUGAGUCAAAAUUUCUUUCCUUCAGAAUCUUGUAAAUAUUUCCAUUGUUGAAAUAUUUCUCAGGGGAAGUCUGGAGUCUGUAUUCUUUGCCUGUGGGAAAUUUGCUUUUUAUCCUUGAGGUACAUUAUAUUUAUUAGUUUAGGUCUUGAUUACAGUAAUUUUCCAUUACUUUUUCUUGGAACUCAGUGUUCCCUUUUAAUCUGAUGUAUGCAGAUAUUUUUAUGUAUGUUAUUCAUUGAUUCAUUCAUUUUAAGUCUAAUUUUAAAAUCUCUGAUACUGUCAAUAUUUUUAGUUUGAGUCCCUUGCUGUUUAUUUUGUUUCUGCUUCUUCUUAUUCAUGUGUAUGUUUCUUUAACAUACAUCAACUGCUCUUAAAAAUGCAUUUUUGAAUAUUCUAAAACCCUAGAUUCUAUGUUUAUUCCUUCGAAAUUGAUUUUCAAACUGGAAAUGGUGGUGCAUAUCUGAAAUUCUAGCAUUAAGGAGCCUGAAGUAGAAAAAUCACAAGUUAGAGGCCAGGCUGGGCUAUGUAGUGAAUUCAAGACCAACUUAAACUACACUGUGAAACCCCAUCUCAAAAAAAGGACUUUCAUUUUUAUCACCUAGGAUACUGAAAACAGUAUCAACAGGGAACCAAAUUUGUGGCUUAAAUUCCUUCCCCUCAAUUCAUGUAUAUUCAAGAUACAUAUAGACAAUAAUCCAUCUGUACCUAAAAUUUUCUCUUUUCUUUCAUUUUUUUCUGAUCUGCGUAAUAUUUCUAAAUUCCUGGAGUUGGAGGAAGACAGUGUCUUUAUGUUUCUUUAUGUUUGAACUGUUCACAUUAUGAUUCUGAUCUUAGUCCUCUAAGAUCUUUUACUAUGAGGAGAAUCUUCCUACUAUGAGGAGAAGCUUCUACUAUGCUACAACUUUGGUUGCCCCAAGCCUUGAUUUAUAUUUUUUAAGCCCAUAUAGAUUUAUAUCAAGUCAAAUAUGAAUAUUUUUCAAAUGUCUUGAAAGCAUAAGCAGUUCUUUUUUCUGGUGUGCUGCUUACUGCUUGAUUGCAGGCUUCCUUAAGAAAUUGUCUUAUUUCUACUAUAUUAUCAGGUCUUUAAUAUUUUUGAGAUUUAUUAAAGUUUUGUCCAUUAUUUUUUCCACAAGAGUGUCAUCUCAAUUAUCUGCAUCAUCAUUUUCACAAAUGAGAAGCUCGGUAUAAUUUCUCUCUAAUUUGAAGACUCAGCUUUGCCAUCUUUUCAAUUAUAUAUUAAGGAUCCUAUUUUAUUUUACUUGAUUGAAUCUAGUUUUUCUUUCAUUUGAUAUUCUGCUUACCCAAAUUCCUGGUCUUCCUUCUGCACCAAGUAGUAAUUUUCACAGGGAACACUCUUUAUCUGAUUAGUUUAGGAAAGUAUAUAUUGAAAUAAAUACACAUGAACAAGUGUUGAAUUAAUGAAUGAAUGAAUUUUAGUCUUUAUCAUCUGUCUUAAUAAACAUAACAUUAUUCACAGUAUUUACUACUUGCUUUGUUCGCCUAACAAUGUAUCAUUUAGUAUAUACAAGCUAACUUUCACCUUUAAAAUGUAAGGUGUGAUAUUAAGCCCUUUAUUUAUUCACAGAUGAAUUUUUAAACUAAUUUUUACUUACUGUGUUAUACAAUAGUAGAUAAAAAGGAAAGUAUGUGAUUCAGCUUCAGACCAAAUAUUGACAGUAUGAGAUUUUAAAAUUAGACUUAAAAUUUAAAUAUACGUUAUACGUAGGAGAUGUAACAGCACGCAACAAGCUUAUUAAAUGUUUUUAUUCUUAAGUUUCUCAGUUGUGCAUCUGAAAUUUUUUUAUCCUUUCGUUUUCUGAAAUAUGUGUUAGCUUAAAAAAUAGCGCCUUAGGGCCGGGGGUUUAGCUCAGUGGUGUAAGUGCCUGCCUGGCAAGCAUGAGGUCAUGAGUUCAAUCACCGGUAGCAAAAAAAAAAAGAAAGAAAAUAGUGCCUUACCGGCUUGUUUUACAUUUUAUACAUUUUCUUUUACAAACCCCGAAAAGCUCUUCUUCCUUAUAGCUUGAAAGUAUAAUAUUUUAGUGUACAUAAAUUACAGUUGAUAACAAGAAGCAGAGAUUUUCUGUGUAUGCAUAAUCGAUGACAUUUUGUAUAGGGACUUACAUACUUAUAAAAUUGCUUAAAGAACAGGACAAGCAGCAAUGACAGGAUCAGCCCUGCCUCCUGUUUCAGAAGGCAAGCUACCAUGGCCUCAGAGCUCAGGAAGCCGAUGCCACAGAAACCACCAAAACUGUUGCUUUCAUAGUGUUCUCUCCCAACUCCUACACGGGUGACUGGAAUCAACCUUCACAAAUCCUGAGGGGUGACGAUCUGUCACUGAGCGGCCUCCAGUUCUCAGCAAAGCUCAUGGCUAGACAGAAGAUGCUGACUUUGCUGCAGGCUUUCACUUCUAUUUUGCCUUGUUGAUCAACAAUACUGCACAGUAGUAAAGUGACCUUUAUGUUUCUUCUAAGUCUCAGGUGAAGGAGCAUCACUUCAAAUCUAAUUUACAGCAAGAUUAAUAAUGCCAAGGAGCCUGGAAAAUGAAGUUUUAAGCUUUCUAGACCCACAAUUUUUAAAAACUUCAUAAAAGUAGGAAUGGAUGACAUAGGACAGUGACAUACUUGGAAAUAUCAUUGGUUUUAAGGACUUUGUCUCAGUAAUUGCAUUUGUUUAUUUGCUGUUUUUGAAUCUUAACUUUUAGGGCAUAUGCAGCUAUUUAUAGCAGCUGAAUCACAUGGCUUCACUCCAUUCAGUGAGUAACCUAUCACCCUAACUCUAACAUAAGUCUAGAAUUUCCAAAAAUAAACAUAGUCAAAUCCAAACAGAGAUAGAUGAUCUCUCAGAGAAAAUAGAAAGUUUGAAAACAGAAUAAUAUUUGGGAAGAAACCUUGUAUUUAUAUUAUCAGAUGAAAAAUUACUGCAUCCAAGAAAUAAGUAUAAAAAGAGAGCUUUUGGAAAAUAUAAACAUAAUAAAGAAAUUAAAAUCUCAAUGAAAUGCCUAGAAAUUAAAAUAAGUUAGAGAAAAUAUUGCAAAAGAUCUUUUAAAAAUUGUAAACAAGAGUGAAAAAGAAAGGAAAGGCUGUAUCAGAAGCCCAGCACCUGAAUUUUAGGCAUAAAAAGAGAAAGAGAGAGACAGAGAGACAGAGGGACAGAAAUAGAGACAGAGAAAUAGAGUGAGAUAUCAGUAAAGUAAUUUAAGAGCUAAGUAAAUUAGUUAGAACUAGAGUAAAUUAAUUUUCUAGAUGAAAUGGCUCAAUAAUAUUAUUGUAUAAUGGGUGAAAUACAAGACCAAACCAAAACCCAUCACUGUUUAAUUUUUAAUUGCCUGGGAUAAUGACAAAAUACUACAAUAAAUAAAAAUACAAGUUAUGCAUGGAGGAUAAAAGUAAGAUUAAAAAAACAAUUUUUUAGCAAAUACUUUGGUUUAGACAGAUCUUUGCUUAACAAACACUUCACAAUUAUAAAAGAAAAUUGUUUCCACCUAGAACACUAUACUCAGUAAAACUUCCAAUCAAAUAUCGUAAAUAAAGAUGUAUUAGUACAUUUAAGUUCACCACAAAAUUUAACUCUUCUACAUUAUUUUUGGAAAACUACAAAAAGACACCAAAAUGAGAAAGUAAUUCAAGAGAAAAAGAAAGAAAAAACAGAAAAGAUGUAAAAGAGGACAAAACUGAAAUAAAUCUCCAGACAAUAUUUAAGUUAUUAAAGGACAAAAAUGUAAUCCAAAAUAUUAAGAAAUCAGUUGAUAAUACCUAAAAUUAAUUAAUCAUAAUAUAUUACAACGCAGAUUAACUGAAACACGUAUGGCACUUGCCUCUAAUCCUAGCUCUUGGAAUACUGAGAAGGAAAAUCACUGAAAAUUCAAAACCAGCCUGGGCUACAUAGAGUCCAAAGCCACCCUAAACUACAAAUGAGACCAUAUCUCAAAAAAUAAGAAAAAUGAUUAGUGUAGAAGACAUAAAAAUACAAGUUUAAAAAUGGUUGCCUCUGGGAAGGAAAUCAGCACAGUGAGAUGGAUAAAGACAGAGAGCCAUUGUAUUUCAUUAUAAAUCCCGUAGUGCUAUUCAAUUUUGAACCAAGGUCAUAUAUUAUUACAAUGAAUGUAUCUUAGAUAUCAAUAAAGUAGCUUUUAUAAAUCUUCCCACAAAUAGAAAGGAAACUAAAAUAACAUUGAUAUUAAGAAUAGGAUACAACUAAAAUAUCAAAAUAUACAAGGAAGUAGAAUGCUAAGAAUCAGGAAAAUGAGCAUUUUAAAAAUAGAGGGGCCAGGGAUAUAGAUCAGUGGUGCAGCAUCUGCCUGGCAAGCUCAAGGUCCUGGGUUUGAUUCCCUGUACCCAAAAAUAAAAUAAUAAAAAAUAGAAUGCAAAUUACUUAAAAAGAAUGAAAUGGACUAUCCAUUUGUCUCAGUCUCCAAACCCAAGAAAAAGGCAUUUCUUUCCAUGGAACAGUUGAUUAGUAGUGAUUUGAAGAGACAUCUGGUGAAAGCACAGGUCUGCCCAGGAAGAUGUCUUUCCUGAAGGAGGAAACAGCUUGUGACCCAGAAGAAGCUGUCUGCAAGAGUGUCCCCAAGGAAAAGAGAAAAAAUUUAUUCUGCGAAAGAGCCAGUCAGCAGCGGGCCUGAAGAGGCUGCUGCCAGCAAGGGCAGCGCCAAGAAAAAAAAGAAAAAGCUCCAAAAACAUCCUAGGAAGAUUAGAAUGGACAAUCCCUGGGGUGCACUCGUGGGGACAUUUCCCAUUCCAUGGCCUAAACCCCAGUCAAUAAAAAUGAAGCACACACCAAAGAGAACAAACCUGGAAUAGAUUAAUAUCCAAAGGCAAAAUGGAAAGGAUAGUCAUAGGUCUGCCACCAGUGAAGCCACCAAAUCAACCCAUUUAAAAGGCAAAUUAUAAUAAAUGCUGUAGACACAAAUAGCAAUAUACUUCGAAAGCUGUUACAUGAAAAUAUAUGCACAGCAUCUUAAACCAUCCUUUGAAGCCACAAUGAUAGUUCAGUACUGAAACCAAAGAAGUUAUAACACAGUCCAGCAUGGGCCAGUAAAAUCCUAAAACCAUCUUGACACAUCAAAUCCAUCUCUGCGUUAGAACAUUAAUGCAACAUUAAUACAUUACUCAAUUGUAUUCAUAUCAAAGACUAGAAUUAAAAAGCCAAAUAAAUGAAUAAUUUAAACAAGUGUAAAAGUUAUUUUAAACAUGAAAGAAGAUAUUCUUCAUUAAAAAGUAUUUUCCUUAAAUUGAGAUCAACCAUCAAAAAGAUACAAUAAGAGAAACAUUUCUACAAAGCCAAUGUUGACCUACUUUCAGAGUACCCAUUAUAUACUGGAGAUCCUGGCCAUUGACAUUUUAUAACAACAAUAAUUUUUGUAAUACUUUAGGCAGGUGAUGCAUGAAAGUUACAUGGCAGGAAACUGGAAGAUACAUGUAAAGAGUGAAAAUGUAGAAAAUAAAAUUAUUCCCUAAUUUACAACAAAGCUGAAAAGGAGAACGCUAUUCUGUCUUAGGAACUGUAUUAUUGCUGAACAACUAACAAAUAAAUGAUAGGUCCUUAACUAAUAUUUGACUUUUCAUGUGGACAUCACUUUCAUAUUCUUUACUAAAAAUUUUUGACAUGGGAGAUUUUCAUCAUGUCUUAGGAUGUUUUCCAAUUGAAAACAAUUAAUAUUGAAAGAUUAAUUUGUUCACUUGUCAUACAACAAAUGUAAAAAAUUCUUAACUUUCCUUUUUUAUUAAUAUAUAUUCAUAAUACAUAAUAGUUACAUUCACCUUGAGGGAUAUGUUAUACACACUUCACCUUGAUCGCUUUUAUCCUUUCAUCCCCCACUUCCUCAGGUUCCCUUUCCAUCUCCACAGUGUAAUUCCAUGUUUCCUACCAUUUAUCGUUUAUUUUGUUCUUUAAAUUAUUCAUAUAUUGGGUUUGUCACUUGGGUAGGGAACCAAAGUUUAAUGCCUCUAGAUUUAAGAAUACAACAAAUUUCUUUUUCUACAAAUUCAGAUUAUCAGAGGAGGAAACGAAAGUGAGCUGUUACUUACUAGCAUUACUGUGAUUAUUUGAGGGAAAAGAUGGAAUGAGACAGCAAAGAUACGGGGUUAAGUCACUCCUGCAGCCAAACACCUUUUGUCCGCCAUCUUUUUGGUUUAUUUUGAGAACGGUUAUAACAAUUACAAACCGCAAGGUGGCGCUGCUGGCUAAAGAGAGAAAAAAUAAUGCCUUCACAAAGGACGUUUCUGAUUGCAGCGUCAAAAGGAAGUCUGACUGGCAAGCAAGAGAAAUCGUGGUAAUCUUAGUUGUGGAAAGUGCGGGUCUCUCCUCAUGAGAAUCGCUAUUAUUUAGCUCAGUUUUAAGGAUUUAUUUGCUGCCACUUCCACGGACUGCUUGAGGCUUAGUGGGAUUGUUUUUGCAAAACUGACCAAAGGAUGGAAGCCAGAUUGGAGCGUGCCGCACGGUACAGGCAAGUGCUAUUUCUUUGUGUCAUUCUGGGGCUAUCUUGGGCUGUCACGGAAUCGCUUCAGUAUUUUGUGGAGGAGGAAACUGAGAGAGGCACUUUUGUGGCCAAUCUAGCAAAAGACUUGGGGUUGGGGGUGGGAGAACUGUCAGACCGGGGAUCUAGAAUUGUUUUCGACCAAAAUACAGGAUUUUUACUGCUUAAUUCGCUGACUGGUGAUUUGCUUCUAAAUGAGAACUUGGACCGAGAGGAGCUGUGCGGUCCCAUAGAGCCCUGUGUAGUGCCUUUCCAGUUAUUAUUGGAAAAGCCAUUUCAGAUUAUCCGUGCUGAGCUACAGGUCAGAGAUAUCAAUGAUCAUUCUCCAGUAUUCCUAGACAGAGAGAUUCUGUUGAAAAUAUCAGAAAGUACCACUCCAGGGGCGACAUUUCUCCUAGAAAGGGCACAGGAUUCAGACACUGGAACCAAUAGUCUGACUAACUACACCAUCAGUCGCAAUGCCUACUUCCACAUUAACGUGCAUGACGGCGCGCAGGGAGAUAUCUUUCCGGAAUUGGUACUGGAUCAGAUGCUGGAUCGUGAGGAGAUGCCUGAACUCAGCUUAACCCUCACAGCCUUGGAUGGUGGCUCUCCGCCCAGAUCAGGGACCACACUGGUACGCAUCCUGGUGGGAGAUAUAAAUGACAACGCCCCUGAAUUUGUUCAGUCCUUUUACAAAGCCAAGAUACCCGAGAACAGCCCCGUGGGUUCCCUGGUUAUCGCCGUGUCAGCUAGAGAUUUAGAUACUGGGAGCAAUGCAGAAAUGGUGUAUGCAUUUUUUUAUGCCACUGAAAGAAUUCUCAAAAUGUUUCAAAUCAAUUCAACCUCUGGCAAUCUUUAUCUUAAAGCCGAUUUGGAUUACGAGGUCAUUCAAACUUACACAUUAACUAUUCAGGCCAAGGAUGGUGGAGGACUGUCUGGAAAGUGUACCGUGGUUGUUGAGGUAACAGAUAUAAAUGAUAAUCCACCGGAAAUUCUCAUGUCAUCGUUAAAUAGUCCCAUUGCAGAAAACACACCUGAAACAGUCGUAGCUGUUUUUAGGAUUAGAGACAGAGAUUCGGGAAACAAUGGGAAAAUGGUGUGUUCCAUUCAGGAUGACAUUCCCUUCCUCCUGAAGCCAUCUGUGGAAAAUUUCUAUACUCUAGUAACAGAGAAACCUUUGGAUCGAGAGUGGAUCACAGAAUACAACAUCACCAUCACCGUCACCGACCUGGGGACGCCCAGGCUGAAAACCCAGCACACCAUCACCGUGCUGGUCUCCGACGUCAACGACAACGCCCCCACCUUCACCCAAAGCUCCUACACCCUCUCGGUGCCCGAGAACAACAGCCCCGCCCUGCACAUCGGCAGCGUCAGCGCCACAGACUCAGACUCGGGCACCAACGCCCAGCUCACCUACUCGCUGCUGCCGCCGCCCCACGACCCGCUCCCGGGCCUCGCCUCGCUCGUGUCCAUCAACGCCGACACCGGCCAGCUGUUCGCGCUGCGGGCGCUGGACUACGAGGCCCUGCGCGCCUUCGAGUUCCGCGUGCGCGCCACCGACCGCGGCGCGUCCCCGCUCAGCGGCCAGGCGCGCGUGCGCGUGCGCGUGCUGGACGCCAACGACAACGCGCCCUUCGUGCUGCACCCGCUGCAGAACGCGUCCGCGCCCUGCACCGAGCUGCUGCCCCGCGCCGCCCAGCCCGGAUACCUGCUCACCAAGGUGGUGGCGGUGGACGCCGACGCGGGCCAGAACGCCUGGCUGUCCUUCCAGCUGCUGCAGGCCAGCGAGCCCGGGCUGUUCAGCGUGUGGGCGCACAGCGGCGAGGUGCGCACCGCCAGGCCGCCGGGCGAGCGCGACGCGCCCAGGCAGCGGCUGCUCGUGCUGGUCAGGGACAACGGCCAGCCGCCGCUGUCGGCCAGCGUCACGCUGCACGUGCUGCUGGUGGACGGCUUCUCGCAGCCGCACCUGCCCGGGCCCGAGGCGGCGGCCGAGCGCGCGCAGGCCGACCCGCUCACCGGCCCCCUGGUGGUGGCGCUGGCCUCGGUGUCGUCGCUCUUCCUGUGCUGGCUGCUGCUCUUCGUGGCGCUGAGGCUGUGCGGGAGGAGCGGGCGGGCCGCGCUGCCUGGCUGCCCUGCGCCCGAGGGCCCCUUUCCGGGCCAGCUGCUGGACGUCAGCGGGGCGGGCACUCUGGCCCACAGCUACCAGUAUGAGGUGUGUCUCACUGGAGGAACUGGGACCAGCGAUUUCAAGUUCCUAAAACCUAUUGUCCCCAACCUUCUACCCCAGAGCACAGGGAGAAAUGUGGAAGAAAAUUCCGCUUUACAGAGUAGUUUGGGUUUCUGACAGAGAAGGAAAAUAUAAUCUGUCUGUAAUAUUCUUAGGAACCUAUAUUAAGUUCAUGUAGAGAUGAGUUUUAUUUUUUAAAAGCAGUUCUAAAGUCAAAGACUAAAUUUCCCUGCACCAAAGAGAAUACAGUUGUUUUUUAAAUCUCCCUGAGGAUUGAAACCAAGGCCUCUGGGAAUGCAAAGCAAGUGUUACACCCCUCACCUGCAUUCCAGGCUAUUCUGUUUCAGACAGUAUCUAAUAGGUACAGAGUGUCCUGGGAGUUAGAAUCUUCAUUUCAGCCUCUGCAGAAUCUGGGGUUGCAGGCAUUUACCACCUUGCCCUGUCAUGAUCCACUAUGAUUCUGAAGAGCCCUCCACAAAUUAUGAAAUGUGUGUUAUGUUUUAUUUUACACAAAUUUAUUUAAAGUGAGGUCCACAAAUAACAAGUUUUGAGAUUUUAAAAAUUGUUUUCCAUCCUGUUCAAUCUUUACUGUUACUCUCCCUUUCUGCUUAGAAUUUUGUACAAGUAUAUGUAUCCUAAGUUUAAUCAGCAUAGAUUGACAGUAUCUUCUUAAACUUUUUAGAAAAAUAGAAAUCACUAUGUACCAUGCACACUCUUAAUCUCAAAAGGAACCUAUUAGUGGUACUUCAGAAAAGAGCAAAUAGAUGUUCAUAGAGACUUAUAAAGGUCACAAACUUAGAGGGUGACAGAGCUAACCAUAUUCCCUAAUUUUGUCUGAUUUUGCAUCUGUGGACUUGCAACAAUGCUACAUUGUUUUUGUCAUUAUCAAUGGCCUAACAAAGGAGAAGAAAAGUUUCUGUUAUGUUCAAAAUUCCUGUUCAUUUCCUUUUGUAUUUAUAAUUAAUGUUCCUAUUGUUCUAUAGUUUUAUUUUCACAUAAACCAACAAUGCUCCUGGGGGUUUUUUUGGUACUAGAGAUUGAACUCACAACCUAGUACUUGCCAGGCAGGCACUUGUGCCACUGAGCUAAAUCCCCGCCCCAAGAAUCCUGCUUCAAUAAGUUAAUUGUUCAAUUAUUAAAGUCCUGAUCUAACCAAAUAUGAAAUUUUUAAUAGUGAAAGAUCAGCCUGUACUUUUGCCUUUUCUCCUGAACAUAUGACUUUCAUUUAACAGAAGAGAUUAAUGGUUGUGAAUAGGAAUGUCACACAAUUGUGGCUGUUUUAUUAGUUCAUUAUUUACCCUGGCUGGUUUUUCUUUAGCCAUUCACUGUUACAUUGGUACCAUAAUUUUAUGCUUUAGUAAGGUUUACUUUUAAUUUCCUUCUCAGUAUGCUGCAGUGCAGAAUCAGGAAAAUUUAAGAAAUGGUAUACUUUAAAAUAUGUAAUAGAGAAAUAUGCAUUGAAGGUUAGAAAUUCUAGGGAACUUAAGAAGAAGCUUUGUUUAUUUUGAUAGUCUGCAACUGCUUGUUCUUUAGAUAUCACCUGUGGUUGAGGUUGUAGUAGUGCAGUGGUGGAGUGCUAGCCAAGCAUGCCUGAGAUCCUGGGUCCCAUCCUGAGCAUUAAAAAUGUAAUUCAAUAUUUCUGCAUGGUUGUAUUCUGCAAACAUCAUACACUAGAACCAAUAACUCCAAAAAAGUAUUAUUACUGUAUAUAACUAGUUAAACAUAGCCUAAGGACAGAAAAAAACUCACAAGAGUAACUUUUUCAUAGUCUAAAGUUAAAAUUAUCCAAUUUCCCCAAUAAACACAUGGCAUGAAAAAGAGAAAGGAACAUUUACACAGUGAAAGGACUUGAGAUCUACCAAAAGUCCAAUGUUUGGGGAAUCUUAUUUGGAUCAUGAUUCAUACAACAAUAAUUCUGAAAGUAUUUGAGGAAUUUGAAUAUAAAUGAUAUUAAUAACCUUAAUUACACAAUUUCUUAGCCAUGAUAAUGGCAUUGUAGUUUUAUGAUUCUCAGAAAGUCAUUAACAGAAAUGCAUAAUAAAGCAUUUGUGGGUGAAAUUUGCUUUUCCUAAGAUGUGAGAAUAUUAGAGGAAUAGAAUAAAGAAUUAUGGAAAAAUCAUAAUUAUUGUUGAAACCAGUGAUGAGUAUAUGAACGUUCACAUAUUAUUUUUAAUGAGGUUUAAGAGUUUUAGAAAAUUGAUCCUGUGAGUUCAUCUUUUUUUAAAAAAAUCAUAUCCUCCAAAAAUACACAAUCACCACUGAUGUCACAUGUUUGUACCUCCACUAGUUUCCUGCAUCAUUUGACAUGAUAUCUUUAGAGAUAGUCCUGCUCAUCCAUUCUUCUACUGCAUGAAUAUUCAGGUGUUUGCUCCAUUUAUAGCAAGAGAUUCAUGAAGACUUAGUUGUUUGGUGACAUGUACUUGCCAUGUAUAGUUUUUUAUGAGGUUAAUCAUUCUUUAAAUUAGUUUUCUCUCCUGUUAGGUGGGGAAUUCACAACAGCACUGUGUGGUAUGUGCUAUUAUUCUCUCAAAGAAGACAAAGAAGUUAAAUAAUUUGUACAAAGUUCAUGGCUAUCAAUUAUUUCUGCAAUUAAUUGUAAUAAAGAGAUAUAAUUCUGAAAGA